AUGGCGACCAAACAGCAGACCUCGACUAAGCCGACGAUGGAGAAUAAGAACGUGGUCGGCGGCCCUCUGCACAUGUUCUCGAAAGAUCCUCCUACAGGCUUCUACCGCGACGGCUAUUGCCGCACCGGUCCUGACGAUAAGGGCAAUCACUCCGUCGCCGCCACCCUUACCUCCGCCUUCCUCGACUAUUCCGCCUCGCAGGGCAACAACCUCAAAGAGCAUGGCGUGAAACCAGGGCAGAAAUGGUGCUUGUGUGCAAAACGCUGGAAGGAAGGGUUUGAUGCGGUCGCGAAGGGGCAGUUGAAGGAGAGUGAGGUGCCCAAGGUGCAUUUGCAUGCGAGUCAUGAGAGUGCGUUGGAGGUGGUCGACUUCAAGACGUUGAAGAAGUAUGCGGCGGCAGGGGAAGCGGGGGAGAAUGGGGGAAGGCAGGAUGCGACGAUCAAGCCUGGGGAAGGCGGCGAUAUUCAGCAACAA